GCCCAUUCUGGAACGACCAAGGCGAUAAGAGCCUGGGAGGAGGCGACGUCCAGGGCAUCCAGUGGAUCACGGCACGGAACGGCGGUGGCUCCUCUCUCUUUCCCCUACCUCCAGUUCUUCCCCUUCAUCUCAUUCGUGUAUCCAGAUCUUGUAAUAGCUACUGUGAUUGAGUACCUCUGUGAGACUACUACUAGUUCGUGUGCGAGAUAUCAAGGGGAUCCUUACAUCUGGUAUACAGAGCCAGGCACCACCCUUCCCCAUCAAUUUUUUCUCCCAAUCCCUACAAUUCCACCGGCGACGACACCAUGCCCGCCGUCAAACCACCAGAGUGGGAGACCAUGUCUGCCAAGGAGCAGUUGUUGUGGUAUCUCGAGAGGUUAUGCGCCCAGGCAGAUGAGAUGAGCUCAGCGUUGGGUACUGCAAGCACGGGUGCCCCUCUAGUGGUUACCACGCUUGUUGAUCCGGCGGCCUCAACCACGACGCUCGCCUCGUCGGCGCCCGUUGCCGACGUCUCCGGCUCCACCACCAAGGCCCAGGAAGUGCUCGCGGUCACCCACUACGUGCCCCCUGCCUGUGUCACGAUGGGGCACAUCACCUGUUCGACGGAUGGCUCGAACCAAGCUGUCGCCACCAACAGCGCCAACAAGGUCACCACCGUCUGCCCCGAGCCCUUCAUCGACCUCAGCGACAAGUUCGGCGCCCUCAACAUUCAUGUGACGGCCAGCACCAACCCGCCGCUCCACGUCCAGGUUUCAUCACCAAAGUCUUCACCCGACAGCACCCACGGCAUCGCUGUUGCAGGACCGGAGGAGUACGCACUCGUGGCGGCUACUCCAGACGUCGUCCUCAAGCUUGCCGUACGCCCAAACGUCAUACUCAUCAUUCCCAGCGACCUCUCUGCACCGAUGCUGACCACCUGUUCGACGAAAUACUCUCGUCACGACACCAACCUACUGAGGUAUGUGCUCCACCCAGCUGUGGCACCCUCAUGGAUGGUGUUACGACCGAAGCCAUGGCCAUCCUUUUGGAGAGAUCAUGCAGAUGGAAACGCGAAACGGCCCAUGUCGUGGCCGUCAUUAGGUUGCUCUCAUGAACUGUAUUGGAAGCAUGUUGGGCUGCUGUCAGAAGAUACUUUUGCGAUGAAGCAUUUUUAUGGUGUUCUAAAUUCUAUGAGAGAAUCCUGGAAGUAUUUGCAAAGUAUGCAGCUGAAACUACCUUGGCCCUCGUUUUCAAGCAAUGGCCGAGCAGUACCAGUGUGGCCAGAGAUCCCCAAUGAGUUGGCUGGCACUUUUGGUCUUCACAAAAUUUGGAGUGCUAGUAAUCUUGUCCGUACAACCCAAAUACAAUGGAAAAUUUCUGAGCAUCGAGCACGGGAUCUUGCUGACCGAAACGAGGUACGGCCCAUCCCAUGGCCAUCAUUCCCAAUUGGAAGGUCCUUGGAGCUGUUGUUUUUGUUAGCCCAAGUGCAUGACUGUGGUUUGAUUGGUAUUGCAUUUCCUCUGGAAUUAUGUCAUAUUAGUGAUCUUGAGUGCAACCUCCCUCGACACUACAUAAGGAUACCCCCUGUUCAGAUUUUCUGCUUGUCGUCUUUGCAACAGAACACUGAUGAUUCAUGUUUCGCUAAGCAACUAUUACAUGAAGUCCUCUUCUAAAUUAUGUGCUCAAAAGGCACCAUCGGUGUUCAAGUUCAGUCACAAAAUUGUUCGCCUGAAGCUACCAAGUUACAUGAAUGAAGGCAUUCCAUGUGUCCAGCCAACAUAUUACCUUGAAGGAGUCUCUGCUCGAGCAUAUUUGAAACUGCGCGAAGUUUGUGCUGCUGUUGUUUGCAUGUUUGAGGGUAGUACUAUUCAGAUCUGGGUAAACCUGGGAAUAGUUUGGGCUCAAACCACAGUUUCAAAUCGGUUUUCCUAUUGGUCUCUUUUGGUUUGGAUUAAAUGGGCUGAGCUCCUAAUGUAAGCUGGUUUGGUUUGGUCUUUUCCUAUUAUCAGCUUGGUCUGGUUCGGUCUGGUCACAGACCAAACAGUCUCAAACCAUUCCAACCCAUGGACGAAGAACUAAAUUAGGGACCAGGUUAGGGUCCCGAUUAAAGCAAUCACCUUUUUUUGCUGGCAAAAGCAAUCACGCAUUGGCAAUGUCUUCCUCGUCGUCUCCACUGCUGGUGCCGAUGAUGAUGCUCCUGCUCGCCAUGGCACGUCCAUGCUCCAGCAUGGACCCGAUCGGCGCGUACUACGCCAAGAAUGGUGCCAGUGCGGAGACACAGACCAGCAUCGACCAGGUUCUGGUGGCCACGUCCCGCACGCCUCCGCCUGCUACGCCACGGCCACCGCCGGUCGCUCCUCCUUGGCGAUAUGGGGCCUUGCGCAGUGCCGCGUCGACGUCCCGCUGUAGGACUGCAUGCUCUGGUUGGCCGCAGCGGUGCGGACACGGACUACACGCUAAACCUUCUCAACACCGAGAACGCCACCGGCAUGGACUGAUGUAUCUGGCCGCGUUCAACCGAGCGCAAUGAAGCUCAUGUUCGACGACUCCAGCGAUGGUGCGAACAAGGGGCUGGCGAUGGACAUGGCACAGCUCGGUGGCGGCGGUGGUGGCGGACUGCGGGCUGUGUGUGGCGCAGGCGGUGGCCGAGCUGCCCAACUACUGCCAGACAGUGUGAUAUACAACAGUCACAUGGCGCUCUAUGAGGUGCCCCUUCUUCCCGCUCGACGGUGCCGGCGAGUUGGCCGACCAGGUCGGAAAGUGCGAACAAGAUCGUCUUAUACCGUGAUGGACGAAGUGCAGCUAGUCACAUACAGUAUCUAGCAUUAUAGCUUGUUCUAUGUACGUACGUUGUGGUGGUGAGUAACAUGCAGCAGCAGCUAAUCACCCUUCCAACACCUCUCUUCCCGUAGUAAUUGGACACGCCCUUGGUUUGAAACUUCAGGUUGAAACUGUAUGCGGGGAAUGGGUUGGAUGGGUUUGGCUUGAAAAUAUGUACAGUUUGGAUUGGUUUGGAUUAUAGCAUUUGCAAUUUGGUCU